UGGAGAGGCCCUCCGCCCCUCUGGUCGGCGAGAGCGUGUCCAACUGACCGAGCAAAAGAGGCGAAUCAGAGAGAAAGUUGUGAGGACAGCCAAGAAUAACUUUGUUUCACUACAGUUCAAGCAGUUCCAGUGAGGACGAAUCGAGAGAACACGCCGCCCCUACUUCUCCAACCGAACCCGCGCCGUCCCCUCGCCCGCUCGCCCGAGAAGAAUCUCUCCUGAAGCCUCUCCCGUCUCCCCCCUUCCUCGACGUCGCCUCCUUCUGCGGCUUCUCGCCGGCGUCGGAAGUAGUAAUGCAGCUAUAUCACCAUCCCUAUUCGCUGGACAGUCAGAAAGUACGGAUAGCACUGGAAGAGAAGGGUAUUGACUAUACCUCGUAUCAUGUCAAUCCACUAACUGGGAAAAACAUGAAUGUGGCCUUCUUCCGCAUGAAUCCUUCAGCGAAGCUCCCUGUCUUCCAAAAUGGCGCUCAUGUCAUUUUCCGUGCCAUCGAUAUCAUUCAGUACAUAGACAGACUUGCUGUGCAUUUAAGUGGUGAAAUCACACCUGUAAAUACUGAAGUUCACAAAUGGAUGCAGAAAGUUGAUAGUUGGAAUCCUAAGAUGUUCACACUCACUCACACUCCGGUUAAGUAUCGCGCAUUUGUCUCCAAGUUCAAACGGCGGGUGCUAAUUGCUCGGAUGGCUGAAGCUCCAGACUUGGCCAGCAUGUACCAUGUCAAGCUCCGUGAGGCUUAUGAGACUGAAGACAGACUGAAGGACCCUGACAUUAUGAAGCAAAGCGAGGAAGAUCUCAGCAAACUCCUCGAUGAUGUUGAGGCGCAGCUAAACAAGACCAAAUAUCUCGCUGGUGAUGAAUUCUCAACGGCUGAUGCGAUGUUCAUUCCCAUUCUUGCACGCAUAAUCCUUCUUGAUCUACAUGAGGAAUACAUCAGCUGCAGGCCCAGGGUACUCGAGUACCACACGUUGGUGAAGCAGAGGCCGAGCUACAAGGUUGUAAUUGGAAAGUACUUCAACGGGUGGAAGAAGUACCGAACUCUCUUCAGGACCUCGUUUUUCCUUUGUGUCCGAACCCUGUUCCGGAAAUACUAGGUGGUUCAGUGUGUUCCAUAGCUGCAUGCUGAACGGAUGUGUACAGUGAGUUUAGGCUGAAUAUAUGAUCAGUAUACCUUCAUGUGUCCCUAAAAAAAGAAAGAAGUAUACCUUCAUUGUGUUUUCUCUAAGAGAUUGUGGCUAGUGGUUCCUGAUUUGUUGUCCUUAAGUCCUUAUAUUUAUCAACCUACAGAAACUGGAUCUUGGAUUGCUUACAGAAUAACAAGCCUAUAUAUACAUUGUUUUUGUUGA